AUGCCUCGAAUUUCGCCACGCUUUUACGUGUUUUGUGUAUCAGCCUUGUUUUCUUGUUUUGGAAUAGCAGUUGCUGUGUUAACUUUCUCCGGACUAAAUGUGACUACAAUUCAUAUCACGGGCCCACUUUUAAUAUGCUAUGCAGCCGCAUAUCUUAUUUGUGCGCCGGUAGGCUUAUGGGGGAUCUUGGGUGCUACCAGGAACAACGCAGCCUUCUGUUCACGAUACGUGCGCGACCAUUGGCUCGCCACAAUAUUCUUAAGCAUAAUUGAAGCGCUGAAAUUAGUAUUCAUAUUCACGCUAAAAGAUAAAACGAUAGAGAGUCUAAUUGAUCCCAAUGCACCAUAUGAUACCGAAUAUGCGUAUGAAACGGAUCGAGUCGAAUCUGCACAAAAGGUGGCUAUUAUCCAGGUAUCAAUACAGGUGACAAUGAUGAUAACGUUAGGCAUCGUAGCAUUAUACAGCUGCAAGAAACUUAGCCCAUCACAUAUUUCUACAAAUUUACUGGAUUUAGAAGCAUCGAGACCUCGACCAACCGACCAGUCUUCAAUAACGACAACUGAGCUAACUAAUAAAAGAAGCAAUUUGGAUAUAGAUGAUAUAGUUAAUCACCCACCGUCGCCUUUUAUACAUCGCCCAAAACUGGAAAAAAUAGAGGAGAGUGCUCUCGAAUCAAAUAAGAUUGACCCACAUCCUUCAGCGCUAAAGCCUGUGCCUAAUAAUCCAAAUAUCCCAACAAAUAUCCCGAGAAUUCGGAGAUCUUCUUCGGCGCCAAAGUCUGCAUAUAAUAAUCCGAAUCUCUCAACAAAUAUCCCGGAAGGUCGGAAAUCUUUUUCGGGACCACUGGUUUCAGAAAGAAGUGAUGAAUUAGGAGGCGGACAACAAAAUCAAUCACCGACUCCAAAUCCAGCACCGCCAAUAAUAGCAUCAAUACAGCAGCAACAACAAUCAACGCCAACUCUUCGACGUAAACGUACUCAGACAUUUGGUAGUACACGUGAUGCAGCACCACUUGAUCCGCCUUCUAAAAGAUCGUCUAAUACACAACAAUCAAGGAGGAGAUCAAAAUCAACAUCAGCCAUAACCGGUUUAACUGUACCAACUGUAAUCAUGACGCCUCCAACUCCAAGGACACCACCAACUCCAUUUUUACCAUCAUCACUUAAUGAUCAACAACAACCCCGUUUAUCACGGGAAGAAGCACGAAAUUCAAUUACCAAUAACGAGAAAUUUGUGCCUGGACAUAGACGAACAAAAACCCAUCCACAGAAUAAACCUCUUCCUAUACCACCUUCUGCUGUAACAAUAUCAUCAAAUAUUCCUACCUUAAUAUCACAGAUUCCAGAUCAAAAAUCUUCCAUGUCACAAAUUCCAUCCUCGAAUCUACAGAGAAGUUCAUCGUCAUCAAAGCGUAAUUCUAAAAGAUUUUCACCGAGGCUUUCUCCAAUUCCAGAAGGGUUAAGAAGAACUUCAUUACCCAUUCAGACACAUAUAGAUUAUUCGGAUCUUCGUCAUUCUUCAUCACUCCCAAAUUUAUUAACACAGAAUCCACCAUAUUAUAACCUAUCUGAUGCACCACCUGUUCCUCCCCUCCCGUUCUAUUUACAAAGUGGUUCUUCUGCUCCUAAAUCGUAUCAGGAUAAUAAUAUUUCAUCAAAACAAUCGCGUAAUUAUCAAAGGAACCAAAAUGAACCUCAAAAAUUGCAAAUGUCAGAUCGGUAUGUUUCACAUUCUGGUAAUAGCGGUGAUUCACCAAGAAGCGCUCAAUUCCCUUUCAAUCAAGGGCCAUAUCAAGGUAGAGAUAAUAACGCAUAUAGUAAUACAACUGGACAUAUGAGCUCUCCAAAAGUUCGGCCAAAAUCAAUGCACUCAACGGUGGAAGAUACACGUAGAAAUUCGAAAUAUUAUAAUAAUCAAUCUCAAAAUAAUAAUUAUUAUCCGAAUCAACGUGAUCAAAAUUAUAGAUCCGGAGAAGGGAAUGUGAUGAAUAGAAAUAACAGCAGUCGUCGAAAGAGCAGUGAUCUUCGAGGUAGUAGACCUCCUCGUGUAGAUCAGAGAGAUUCACGAGGUCGACGAGAAAUGCCAAAUGUCAACAAUAUGAUUCCUAGUAGUAGACAACAAGGUGGAUAUAUAAAUCAACAACCGAGAGAUUUAAUGCGAGAAAACCUAAUGACGAUGAGAUACAAAUGA